UGCAAUGCUACGGAUUACUUUGCACUUCAGGGAUCAACUUGUUUAUGCAGUUAUAAUAAUUUUGUGAACACAUCUUGGUUAACACCGGAGUCAAAAUGUAACACUGUUUGUCCUGGUAAUGGAACUGAGCAAUGUGGUGGGAGUAACAGUAUAAACGUCUACCAUAGAGUUCAUGGUGACCUUAUACAGUACCCAGCCGACUCUUACCCCAAUUUACACUGUGCAAUGAUGAACUGCAGUAGUAGUACCGAAUGGACAUAUUUUGAACACGAGUGUCACAACAACUUAACGGCAUUAUGUGGAUCGGGAGUCUUAGUAAAUAAACCAGAGACAUGGCUGACAGCUCAGGCAUUCUGUAAAAACUAUGGUUCUUUGGUUGGCAUACACAACAUGGUAUCUAACUGUGCUGUUUCUAAUGACGUUAAGCGGGAAUUCUGGAUUGGAGUUUAUCGAAAUUAUGUCGAUCUUGUUUUAAAAGAUCUUACAGUUCAAAAUCCAGUGUUUGGAUGUUAUUCACUUAGAAAAGAGUCCAGCAAUGCCAGACCUACCAUGACAUAUUAUCCAAUAUCAAUAUGUGAAAAACAAAAUAUGUUUUCAUUUAUUUGUGAACUGCCUCCUGGAUAUCCAACAUCUGAUGGUUGUUAUCUACCUCCUACCACAUCAACAAGUACAACCACACAAGGAACUCAAUUAAUACAAGAACAAGAUGACGAGGGACUUAAAAUUGGAUUGUUUAUAGCAUUAGGAAUUGUUUUACUGGCUACAGUUAUCGUCAUAUUAAUAUUAAUUGCAAGAAAAAGUUUUAGAUCAAAUCCAGAACAACUUAGGCAAAAUAUUUUAUUAGCUGCACUAGCCAAUGUCAAAUUACGAAGACGAGAUAGAGAUGGUAACCCUGAGUUGUCAACACCACAGAAUGCCGAAACAUCUGCUGCAUCCGUUGAAGGUGGAGACAAAAAUCCAGAGUAUGCAGUUGUCAACAAACCUGGAAGACGACAGUCAGCACCUGCACCAAGUUAUAAAGUUUAUACUAAACCUGUCACGUCACUCAGCAAGGAAUAUAAGGAAAGCGUGCCAGUGUCAAAUAAUGGGUACGAUAAAAUGAACUUGGAUAAUCCUAUCGUCGAAUCAGAGAAUUCACAAGAAAAUGACAACCAAGUUCCUAUAACUUCUAUUUUGAAAUUGAGUGAUAGCUUAUCAAGCGAAAAACUGUCCCCGAGACAUGUCACCAUUCAGGAUGAAGAAUAUAAUAGAAAUAAUGGACGAUAUGUAUAUGAUUCGCGCCUUUUAAGCAUUCCAAAGAAAGUAAUUCCGGUUCCUCCACCGGUUGUUAAAUAUCCUCCUGAGUAUACUAGUGAUAGUUAUGAACAUAUUGGAACAACCUUGCUUUAAUGAUAAGUUAGCAACAUGUGCUGUUUAAUAUUUGUAUUUAAUACAAAUACAUCAAUUUAUCAAUUAAGCACUAUACAAUGUAAUAAUAGGAGGAGAAUUAAGAAAGACGAGCAUUAUCAGAUAUAUUUAAUUAUCCAAGAAUCGAAAAAAGGGAUUAAUUAGAAUUACACAUUUUUGUGUGACAUAUGGACAUUGUAACUUACGUAUUAUGAUAAUGUAUCUUAUAGCCAGAAACACAAGUUGUAAAUAUAUAGUUUUAUGGAAUAUAUUAAAUCAAGUGGCAUGGUUACUAGCAAUGUAGUACAUGACAUCUGGAAUAUACGUACAUUUUAUCAAAGAUCUGCAAUGAACACCGAAUGUCCUUAGAUUUACAAAUGUACGUAUUACAUGCCUAAACUAAUUAAACGAGUUUUAAGCACUCA